AUGGCUUUGCGCUCCCUCCUGCUCAAGUUGGCUGCGGCCGCAUUCAGCUUCUCAGUCUCAGCAACGGCAUACGUCCAGAAAGAAUCAAUCUUUGCCUUCUCUGCCACUGACACUGGCUUUCAGCUGGGCGGUCCAGGCCUGGCGCCAGAGAUCCGGGUUGCCCCCAAUGAUCUACCAGGCGUGAAACGAGUUGCCAACGAUCUAGCAGCCGAUUUUGGCAGGGUUCUAGGAGUCGACGGCACUACCGUGGUGGCCGAUUGGGACUCGACCGUCUCACACAAGAACAAUUCUCGGCCUGUCAUCAUCCUCGGUACCGUUGGACAGUCUAGCCUCAUCGACUCGCUCGUGGACAAGAAAAGACUAGACACGUCGGGCAUUGCUAAAAAGUGGGAGACCUUUUCGUAUCAGGUUGUGCAAACACCCUGGGAAGGGCGGAACGCGGUUUUUGUGAUUGCCGGAUCAGACAUGCGAGGUACCGUGUUCGGGGCAUACGAUGUUGCUCAACGGAUUGGCGUUUCGCCCUGGCACUAUUGGGCUGAUGUCCCGCCUACCAAGCGGCAAUAUAUCUGGGCCAGCAACACUGUUUACUCCGAGGGGCCCCCGUCCGUGAAAUACAGGGGCAUCUUUCUCAACGAUGAAUCACCAGGUCUGACGGGUUGGGGACGUGCCAAGUUUAGGGUCAGCCAAUACGGCAGUCCCUUCGUCACCGACUUCUACAAACUGAUCUUUGACCUUGUGCUCCGCCUGAAGGCAAACUACGUCUGGCCAGCCAUGUGGUCUAGCAUGUUCUACUUGGACGACACAAGAAACGGGCCCACGGCAACCGAGUACGGCGUCUUUAUGGGGACAAGCCAUCAUGAGCCGAUGGCAAGGGCCGACAAGGAGCAAGGAAGAUUCCUCCGGGGUGCGUGGGACUGGAAGAGCAAUAAGGCCGGCGUCCAAACCUUUAUGCGGGAAGGAGUCACGCGAUCCGUGAACUGGACCACCAUCUACACGCUCGGCAUGAGAGGAUCCGGGGACGCUGCUUCGCCGAGUCUGGACUCGAGCACCCUGGAAGAGGUCAUUCGGUGGCAACAAUCGACCCUGACCCAAGUCCUGGGAAAGCCUUUGUCUGACAUACCUCAGGCCUGGGUCAUGUAUAAGGAGGUCCCAGGCUAUUUGCAAAAAGGGAUGAAAGUCUCAGACGAGAUCACCCUUCUGUGGAGUGACGACAACAGGGGAAAUAUCCGCAGAAUACCCAGCAGCAGCGAAAAUGCAAGACCAGGCGGCUCAGGAAUGUACUACCACUUCGACUACGUUGGUGAUCCUCGUAACUACAAAUGGAUCAAUACGAUUCAACUGCAGAAGACGUGGGAGCAAAUGACGCUUGCCUAUGACAGUGGGAUACACAAUAUCUGGAUUGCUAAUGUCGGCGAUCUCAAGGGGCUAGAACUGCCAACAGCUCACUUUCUGGCGCUAGCCUGGGACCGAGAAAGCUUCAGAGACGUGGCGAGUACCAAGCAAUGGCUCAAAGCCUGGAGUGCCCUCCAGUUCGGCGAAGCGGCAGCUGAAGAGACGGCGUCUAUCAUGACCACGUAUGGAAAGCUAACGGCACGCAUGAAGUACGAAGACCUUAGCAGGACUCCGUUUGCGUUCAGUACGCUCAACUAUGACGAAGCCGAGACCAAUCUCCAGGAAUGGACAGACUUGCUCAGCCGAGCUCAAAGGGUACAUGAUUCACUGCCCGCGAAUGUGCAAGUCUCCUUCUGGGAGGUCGUUCUCCAUCCGGUCAUGGCGGGAAGAGGUGUGUUUGAGAUCUACACCAAAACGGCGCUUGGCAGCCAAUACGCCAAUGAACAUCGGACAAGUGCCAACAAGCUGGCAAGGGAGGUGCAGGCAGCAUUCGCGGCCGAUGCCGAGAUUACAAGGAGGUUUCACAGCCUGCUGAACGGCAAAUGGAACAACAUUAUGGCGCAGACACAUAUUGGAUACACUAACUGGCAGGAACCGCCCUCCAAUUCGCUCCCAAGACUCAGUUGGGUCACAUCGUCGGCCAGGAAUGCUUUGAUGGGUGUAUCCACUCAGGGAAGCACUACCUCCUUUCCCGGUACCACAAGGUUGACACUUCCGGCAAUGAGCCCGUACAUGUCCCCUUCAGACCGGCGAUGGUUAGAGGUCUAUACCCGCGACAAUGGCACCUUCACCUACAGCAUCACCUCCAACGCCUCCUUUGUCAGCAUAUCCAAUCCAAACAGAACACUCUCAGCCCCAGGCGGCACUUCGGAUGUCCGGUGCAUCCUGGCCGUCGACUGGAAGUCGGCACCGACAGGCUACAGCGUCGCCUCACUGACCGUCACAAACCUCAACGCGACAGGCACGGCGGCCACCGUCAUCUUGCCAAUCGAGAACUACAAGGUGCCAGACGACUUCAAAGGCCACGUCGAGGCCAACGGCGUCGUCUCUAUCGAGGUGGAGCACUCGGCCCCAUCUCCAGCGACUUCGUCCGAGUAUAUGGUCGUACCUGACUACGGCCGCACGCUGUCGGGCGUCAAGCUUCCGCCCAAAACGGUCUCACAGUCUCCAGGACAGGGAUCCGUCCUCGUCUACCCGUUCUACACCUUUUCGAACGCCUCGGCCGCCUCGCUCACCGUGUACCUAUCGCCGUCCGAGAACGCAAAUCCCAACAGCCCGAACAGGUAUUCAUUUAGCGUGGACGGUGGGAGUGUGACGACGGUGCAGCCCGUGCCCCUCACUGACGGGAGCACGCAACCUGCGGGGUGGGCGGAAGCCGUGAUUCAAGGGGCGUACGUCAAAAAGUCCAACUUGGGAAGGUUGGCUGCGGGACGCCAUGAGUUGCGGGUCUGGCUGCUUGAGCCGACGAUGGUCUUGACCAAACUGGUGGUUGAUGUUGGAGGUUUGAAGGCGAGCCUCUUGGGGCCGCCGGAGAGUGCAAUUGUUGGGUAUUAG